UGCCGACUCCUGGUUGCAGACGCUUUGGAGAUGAACCCUGCCUGUAGCUUCUCUGAAGGGAAUGCAGCAACUCCAGGGCCCCAGCGAAUGCUAAUCGGGACCUGCCCUUUACUUGCAGAGCAAAGACAGCCCGAUAGAAUGGAAAGAAAAGAUGCCGGAUGGUGAGAUCUGACUAAUGUGGCUGUCGGGGGUUGAACAGGAUCAAGGGCUGGUGCCAGGAAGGGCUUAAGGCCUCCCUCCAAGAAAACAGGUCUCAGAAGGAAUCCCGCGGCUGUUCAUCGCACAUUACGCCUUCUGCGAAGGGGCGUUUCUCCAAAUCGCUUAGCCAGAGCUCAGACGGAGGAAGCAGCGGAGAGAAGAGGGUCCCCUGGCAGAUCGUUGCCCCAGCGUGCAAGCGCAGAAGGAAGGCAGGCCAAAACCACUCCGUUCGAGAGCCCUGAAUUGCCAUUGCCUACUUCUGAAGAACAGCGGCAGACAGGACAGCAAAGAGAGCCUGUAUUUGGGAUGAACGGUAGAAGAAAACUGGAGGCAUCCCUGCCCAAAAGGAAGGAGACAGAAGAGAAUGGAAAAUCAGGAAGUGUCAGCUUGCCAGAAUUGCCACAACCGCAAGCCGGGACAGAAAGCGACAAGAUGCCGAGGGCCCAGGUACAGGAGUAUGCACAGGAUUAUUUUUGCUCCACCUGUGGCAAGACCAGCUUCUCCCUUUCUGAAACCAACUUGGGCCACAGAUUUCUGUCAUUUUUCUGUCUUGCAGCUGUCCCAGGAGGAGGAAGAUCGCCUCAGGCCCACAGAGAUCACCUCUGGUAUAGAAGAGGGUCUACAAACGGCGGAGGCUUGGAAUCAGGGCAGGAGGCAGUUGCGAACCGAGCUGGAAAGCUUCGGGGACAUUGAAAAAUGGCUGAGACAAAAACCUUCCCAAAAUGAUCAAGAAAAAAGAUACCGGGAAAGACCAAAGGCACGCAGAGCAGACAGGAGGGCUGUUGUCCAGUCGGCCGUGACCGACAGCCUGGACCAGUCACCGCCAAAGAGCAGCCAGCCCCAGAAGGGCAGCAUUCCCCUUGUUUGUACACCAUACCCCCAGGCUCUUGUCACGCCGCAUAACCUCCUGCAGAAAAAGAAGCUGAGGCUGGUGGACGUAUUCAAGAAGGCUGGCAUGGAGAGGAGGAAGAUCAAGAGAGAAGACUUCAUUAAAGUCAUCAAGGAGACCAAAGUUCCCAUCAGCGACAAGGAUCUGGAGGACGCGGUCAUCUUCUUGACUUCCUCAAAACUGGGGAAUCUUACAAGUCCCGAAGACCUGACUGAGUGUCAAAAGCAGUGGCUGGAAAUGAGGAAAGGACAAUCCCAAGAGAGCAGAACAGGGGUAGAAGCUCAGUUCCAGAAAGCCACCUGCAAAACUGCCACUUGUCCACCACCUGCUGGGGGCACAGCCAAAGGGAUGAAGCCUCGUGCUCCUACCAAGCCCGAAAGACAGUUAAUACGCUUGGAGGUUCCACCAGUCAACACCAAGCCAGAACGACAAAACCUGAGCUGUGAUGAAAUGGAAGAGACUGGAAAGCUCUCUCUUUCUCGGAGACGGUGGGAGAAGAGCAAAGACAGCCCGAUAGAAUGGAAAGAAAAGAUGCCGGAUGGUGAGAUCUGACUAAUGUGGCUGUCGGGGGUUGAACAGGAUCAAGGGCUGGUGCCAGGAAGGGCUUAA